AUAGAUCUUCGUCUUUUUAUUGGUCUGAAAGCUUUCUUGUUUGUGUGGACAUGAAGAGCCAAGGAACGAGGAACGCGAUCAAUAAACCCCUAUAGAAACGGAGAGGUACUGCAACUUGUGUAGGGAGAGGUCAUUUCAAAAGAAUUCUGUGCGAUUCAACUCUUUCUGCAUUGCAUCACCCAGCAAGAAGCAGAGCCAUCCUGUCCUGUUCCUUGGAAUCACAGUAUCUAUCUUUCUGCAUGAGCGAGGAUGUUGUAGCAUUUGAUCAUCGAGCAGUGGUGUGUUCAGUCUGUGCUUUCAAUCCUUCAAAAUCUGUUUUUUUUUUCCCAUUUGAGAAAGAGAGAGAGAGAGAGAGAGAGGUGUGCGAAGAUGGCGAUGGCGGCGCUUGCGAAGGUUGUUCUAGGCUCGAUUGCGUUUGGGAUAUUCUGGAUUUUGGCUGUGUUUCCGGCGGUGCCCUUCCUUCCCAUCGGUCGGACAGCCGGCUCCAUGCUCGGCGCCUUGCUCAUGGUAGUUUUCCGCGUCAUCCCGCCGGAGGAAGCCUACGAUGCCAUCGACCUCCCCAUAAUCGGCCUCCUCUUCGGCACCAUGGUCGUCAGUAUCUUCCUGGAGAAGGCCGACAUGUUCAAGCACCUCGGCAAGCUGCUCGCCUGGAAGAGCCACGGCAGCAAGGACCUGCUCCUCCGCAUCUGCCUCGUCUCCGCCAUAUCCAGCUCCCUCUUCACCAACGACACCAGCUGCGUCGUGCUUACCGAGUUCAUCCUCAAGCUCGCCCGCCAGAACAACCUCCCGCCCCAGCCCUUCCUCCUCGCCCUCGCCACCAGCUCCAACAUUGGAUCCGCGGCGACCCCGAUAGGCAACCCCCAGAACCUCGUCAUCGCCGUGCAGAGCGGCAUCCCCUUCGGCAAGUUCCUGGCCGGGCUCUUCCCCGCCGUCCUCGUCGGAGGCCUCCUCAACGCCGCCAUCCUCCUCUGCUACUUCUGGAAACUCCUCUCGGUGGAGAAGGACGAGGAAGUGGUCUCCACCGUCAGCGAAGUAGUGGCGGAGGACGACAUGACCCUGCACCGCUUCUCCCCGGCCACCAUGUCGCACCUCCCCUCUUUGCAUUCCCAAGAAUUUGGAUCUACUCUCGACGCCCUAUCGCGCAUCCAGUCCUCGUCCGGGGAUUUUGGCUACAUCGGCAGUGUUCGUAGUCGGGCCAACAGCGUCGACAUCGAUGUUCAGAAUCCAUCCAGCUCGGGAAUUGAGUCGUUCCGGGCCUCGAACGCGAUGAAGGAGACGGCGGAGGUCGCCGGGACCUCCCAGAAAGAGGACGGCGUGUCGUCGAGGAGGGUUUCCAGGACUUUCAGCAACCAAAGCCGCGGCUCCAGAGGAGAGCCUUCUGCGCUGUCUUUCGACUCCAAGGAAAACCUCAUGGAGAGAUGGAGGAUCAUGCUGUGGAAGGCAUGCGUUUAUCUUGUAACUCUGGGGAUGCUCCUCGCUCUUCUGAUGGGGCUAAACAUGUCAUGGAGUGCCAUCGCUGCUGCUCUUGCUCUGGUGGUGCUAGAUUUUAAGGAUGCAUGCCCUUGCUUGGACAAGGUUUCAUACUCCUUGUUGAUAUUCUUCUGUGGGAUGUUCAUCACCAUGGAUGGAUUCAACAAAACGGGUAUACCGAGUGCUCUGUGGGAGUUUGUCGAACCUUAUUCUCGCAUUGAUAGAGCUAGUGGAAUUGCACUUCUUGCCCUCGUGAUUCUUGUGCUUUCAAACCUUGCUUCCAAUGUCCCUACAGUUCUCCUGCUCGGUGGAAGAAUUGCUGCAUCUGCUUCACUCAUUUCUCCUGCAGAAGAGAUGCGAGCAUGGCUCAUGCUUGCAUGGGUCAGUACAGUGGCCGGAAACCUCUCCCUGCUUGGAUCUGCAGCCAAUCUCAUAGUCUGUGAGCAGGCUCGCCGAGUUCAGUACUUCGCUUACAAUCUCUCCUUCUUCAGUCAUCUGCGAUUUGGUGUUCCUUCCACGCUCGUCGUCACAGGGAUUGGGUUACUGCUGAUGAAGAGCUACUAAGCGUGUAGACUCGUACCUAGAUCAUGUAGAAAGUAAUUAGAUUCUUAAUUCUCCGUCGAUGUCAUAAUCCAGGAAAUUAGAUAUCUUUCUGUCCUAGCAAGCUGCAAUGAUGAAUAACUAAGCAUCAUACCGAUUAUUUCUUUGGUACGUCGAAUUGGAUAACGGAGAUGAACGAUGGGAUAUUUUGCUGUACACUGAAUUCAAUAAAGGAGAUGAACGAUGGAGUUUUUUUCUGUUUAA